AUGGCAUGCCGCUAUAAAUUCAUUGUUCCACCUCCUCGCAUCUUCACAGCGCUCGCGCUGCUCUCCGCGCUCGCAGCGCACGAAUCCAAACAUUUUGCAAACCAACAAAGAAAAGUUCGCACGCUGGCACGGAGGCCGGGACCGGCUGGCGCUGCCGCCAGGUCCUCCUCCCUCCGACACUUGACUCAACCUUGCAAGGGCUCCCUCGUCUACGCGGGCGGACGGAGGUUCCUCCUGGAUCUGGAGCGAGAUGGCUCGGUGGGCGCCGCUGGCUUUGCGCCUGCAGGACGCGGCCCCAGCGGAACCCAGCGCCACCGGGACCACUGCUUCUACCGCGGCACGGUGGACGGCAGCCCCCGCUCCCUGGCUGUCUUUGACCUCUGUGGGGGUCUCGACGGCUUCUUCGCGGUUAAGCACGCGCGCUACACCCUGAAGCCGCUGCUGCGCGGGCCCUGGGCCGAGGCAGAGGCCGGGCGAGUGUACGGAGAUGGGUCCGCGCGGAUCCUGCAAGUCUAUACCCGCGAGGGCUUCAGCUUUGAGGCCUUGCCGCCGCGCACUAGCUGCGAGACUCCCGCGUCCCCGCCGGGGCCUCGCGAGCGCCCCCCGGCGCGCGGCAGCCCAGACCCACGCUGGGAGCCGGCCCCGCAGUUCCUGGACCAGACGGCUCCCUCCUCCGGGGGCACCCAGGGACCCCAGACGUGGUGGCGGCGGCGGCGCCGCUCCAUCUCCCGGGCCCGCCAGGUGGAGCUUCUCCUGGUGGCUGACGCGUCCAUGGCGCGGAUGUACGGCCGGGGCCUGCAGCAUUACUUGCUGACCCUGGCCUCCAUCGCCAACAGGCUGUACAGCCACGCCAGCAUCGAGAACCACAUCCGCCUGGUCGUGGUGAAGGUGGUGGUGCUGGGCGACAAGGACAAGAGCCUGGAGGUGAGCAAGAACGCGGCCACCACGCUCAAGAACUUUUGCAAGUGGCAGCACCAGCACAACCAGCUGGAGGAUGACCACGAGGAGCACUACGACGCGGCCAUCCUGUUCACCCGGGAGGAUUUAUGUGGGCAUCAUUCAUGUGACACCCUGGGAAUGGCAGACGUUGGGACCAUAUGUUCCCCAGAGCGCAGCUGUGCUGUGAUUGAAGAUGAUGGCCUCCAUGCAGCUUUCACCGUGGCUCAUGAAAUUGGACAUCUACUUGGCCUCUCCCAUGAUGAUUCCAAAUUCUGUGAAGAGAACUUUGGUUCCACAGAAGAUAAGCGCUUAAUGUCUUCCAUCCUAACCAGCAUUGAUGCAUCCAAGCCCUGGUCCAAGUGCACAUCAGCCACCAUCACAGAAUUCCUGGAUGAUGGCCAUGGUAACUGUUUGCUAGAUCUCCCACGCAAGCAGAUACUGGGCCCUGAAGAACUCCCCGGACAGACGUAUGAUGCCACCCAGCAGUGCAACCUGACAUUUGGGCCUGAGUACUCGGUGUGUCCUGGCAUGGACGUGUGCGCUCGCCUGUGGUGCGCCGUGGUGCGCCAGGGCCAGAUGGUGUGUCUGACCAAGAAGCUGCCAGCCGUGGAAGGGACACCAUGUGGGAAAGGGAGGAUCUGCCUGCAGGGCAAGUGUGUGGACAAGACCAAGAAAAAGUAUUAUUCAACAUCAAGCCACGGCAACUGGGGAUCUUGGGGGCCCUGGGGCCAGUGUUCUCGCUCCUGUGGGGGAGGAGUACAGUUUGCCUAUCGCCAUUGCAAUAACCCCGCCCCCAGGAACAGUGGUCGCUACUGCACCGGGAAGAGGGCCAUCUACCGCUCCUGCAGCGUCACACCCUGCCCACCCAACGGGAAAUCUUUUCGCCAUGAACAGUGUGAGGCCAAAAAUGGAUAUCAGUCUGACGCAAAAGGGGUCAAGACCUUUGUGGAAUGGGUUCCCAAGUACGCAGGCGUCCUGCUGGGGGAUGUGUGCAAACUGACCUGCAGGGCUAAGGGCACUGGCUACUACGUGGUGUUUUCUCCAAAGGUGACGGAUGGGACCGAAUGCAGGCCAUACAGUAACUCCGUGUGCGUCCGGGGGAAAUGUGUCCGGACUGGCUGUGAUGGCAUCAUCGGCUCCAAGCUGCAGUAUGACAAGUGCGCAGUGUGCGGGGGAGACAACUCCAGUUGCACCAAGGUGGUCGGGACCUUCAAUAAAAAAAGUAAGGGUUACACUGACGUGGUGAGGAUCCCCGAAGGGGCAACCCACAUAAAAGUUCGACAGUUCAAAGCCAAAGACCAGACUCGGUUCAGUGCCUACUUAGCCCUGAAGAAGAAAAACGGUGAGUACCUUAUCAAUGGGAAGUACAUGAUCUCCACCUCGGAAACCAUCAUCGACAUCAACGGAACAGUCAUGAACUACAGUGGGUGGAGCCACAGGGAUGACUUCUUGCAUGGGAUGGGUUACUCAGCCACGAAGGAAAUUCUAAUAGUGCAAAUUCUGGCAACAGAUCCAACGAAAGCAUUAGAUGUCCGUUACAGUUUUUUUGUCCCCAAGAAAUCCACCCAAAAAGUAAACUCUGUCACCAGCCACAGCAGCAAUAAAGUGGGACCACACACUCCACAACUGCAGUGGGUGACAGGCCCCUGGCUCGCCUGUUCCAGGACCUGUGACACGGGCUGGCACACCAGGACGGUCCAGUGCCAGGAUGCAAACCGGAAAUUAGCGAAAGGAUGCCUUCUCUCCCAAAGGCCUUCUGCAUUUAAACAAUGUUUGCUAAAGAAAUGUUAGCCUGUGGUCAUGAGCUUAUGCCGAAAUAAGUGGAUGAAUCGUCACUGAUCAGUCAUGGCGAAUGGUGGUGAUCAGUCGUGGUCAACGAGAGGUCUACCUGAAGCAGAGAAGUCACGCUUCAGUGUUGUUGUCAACAGGAGUCUAAUUAUGGGCAGAAUCUGCUCUCUGUGACCAAAUGAAGAUGUGCACUGCUUCGUGUGACAGUGGUGACCUUGGAAUACAGAAAAACCUGGGAGUUAUUGAACAUCCCCUGGGCUACAAGAAUGAAAAAAUACUGGUGAAUGUAGAAUCAGGGGACAUUUGAAGAUGGCAGAACAGUCUCCCCUUGUCACCUACCUCUUAUACAAUGUCUUCAAAGGCAUAAUCAUUUUCAUCCAUAAUACACAGUAGCUUAUUUUUACUGUUUGUAAAACAUUCUCCCUUGGUAUGUCACUUUAUAUC